CCACCAUUACUAUGACUGCCACCUCUACCACCAUCCUCGCCACCUCAUAACCAAGCCCCCAUCUCUCUUCCACCACCACACCCCCACAUUCACGACCCCUACUAUUAUCACCGCCACAACACAACAGGAAAAUUAAAUUAAUCGAAUUCAAAAAAAAAAUAUAGUAAAGAAAUCCUGGGCUUUUCAAAAAACGUUGCUGUUCGUUGUUACCUUUUACCUCCCCAAAUUCCGAAUCUUUGUGGGCAAUAACACAAAAAGUCCAAGAAAUCUCAAUGGGACAGAAAAUUUACUGUUCAAUUUCUUCGAAUGUUACUUUGGGUUUAAUGUUACACUAAACGCAAUGGGUUCAAUCAAAGGUUACUUUAUCAAGUUCGUCAUAAGGACUUUUAAUUGGUUUCGAUGUUUUUUGUUGCGUUUGACCAUUUUGUGGUUUUGAAAUUUGAAUGCAUAUUUCUGACACACCAACCAUAUUUAACAAAUGCGAAUAUUAAUUACUUUUAAAUUUUUAAUAAAAUUUUUGGUGACUGAGAAUUUUGAUUUUAUUUUUGGUCAAUUAGAUUACGAUAGAUGGAAAGAGAUAAAUAAAUUAAUUCCUGAUAGAAAUUGGUUUUUUUAAUACGAAUUUCUUUUUGGGGAUUUGGAUUUUACGAGCCUAGGGUUCUCUUUUCAUACUUUACUCGUCUAUUUUGUGCUUUUUUGUGAUUGUAGAAGCUAAAGGACUCACUUGGGCAGUCGGUUCUUCAAAAUUCCUCAUCUGGGUUGUUCGAGUUCUUCAAUUUCCUCAUCUGGGUCAGUGAGUUUUUGUUAUUUUUCCAUUGUUCUUCGCCAGGUUCGUUGAUUUCCCCACGUUUUCUCAUUUCGGUAUCGGCUAAUUUUUCCAAUUUCAACUGUUUUUGGGUUGAAAUCGAGGGCUUGUUCCCCAAUUUGCUUCAAUCAGUAGGCAAAAGUUGGUUAAUGUUCUCAUUUAUUUUGUUUUGGGUCCUGGAUCUUGUUAUGCUGGCUUUCUGGGGGAUUUUUGGUCCUGAUAGUUCUUUGUGAGGAGGGAUUUUGAUCCCUCUUAGUAGAUUUGCUUAUCCUUCCUUGAAUGCUAGCCAGAAGGUGAAAUUUGAUCAGGUUGGUGUGAUUGGAAUCCAAGUUGAUGCCUGGCUUCAGUGUUAUAGUCUAGGCGGGCGAUUUCAAUGGUUUUCGGGUUUUAAAUCUUCUUUGAGGAGCUUGAGCUUCUUUGCUUUGCCAACUGUGUGGAAGCCUGCGGAAAUAAUGUUUCAUUCUCAGGGAGCUUCAAAGCACCCUUGUAGUCUGCUUGUGGUCACUUGCGGGAACCUUUCUGAAGAGAAAUGUAACAAGGACACCGCAGAUGAUAAGCUCAGAUACCCGUUUCCGGAGUUAGUUUCCUCUGGGCGUUUGGAGGUUCAAACUCUGACCAAGCCAACCAAAGAGGAGUUUCGUAAAAUGCUUGAAUCAUAUAAGCCGAAUCUUGUAUACUUGCAAGGGGAACAGCUUGGUAAUAGUGAAAUUGGCUCUCUUGUCUGGGAGGAUGUUGAUUUGUCAACUGCUGAAGCUAUAUCUGAGAUCUUUGGUGCCACAUUGCCUACAACUGUUUAUUUGGAGGUUCCGUAUGGUGCAACAUUGGCAGCAGCCGUUCACUCUAAGGGGAUUCCUUAUGUGAUAUAUUGGAGAAGUGAAUUUUCUUCUUAUGCUGCUUGCCACUUUCGACAUGCUUUACAUUCAGUGGUACAAAGUUCAUCAACUCAUACAUGGGAUGCCUUCCAACUUGCAUAUGCUUCCUUUAGGAUUUACUGUGUACAAAACAACCAUCUCGUUCCUGCUAACAUAUAUAAAUCUAGUGCGGAGCUGGGGCCAUGUCUUCUUGGUGACCGUGUAAAAAUCAACGUUGAUCUUCCUGAGGCAGAUAUGGAAGAAGAUGAAGAAGGUUCCUUGGGUACUCUCCCUGCUAUAAAGAUACAUGAUGAUGAUGUGAUCUUGAGGUUUCUUGUUUGUGGCGAGCCAUCCACAUUGAUUUAUGGGAUGACUUCUUCUCAGGAUGCAAGCUUAUUAGAACCUUUGGAGGAUGGUCUCAAUGCCCUCUUAAACAUCGAAAUGCGUGGGAGCAAGCUUCAUGGAAAAUUUAGUGCUCCUCCGCCGCCUCUUCAGGCUGGGACAUUUUCUCGUGGUGUUGUGACCAUGCGAUGUGAUGUAUCAACUUGUAGUUCAGCACACAUAUCACUUCUUGUUUCGGGCAGUGCUCAAACUUGCUUUGAUGAUCAGCUCUUGGAGAAUCAUAUAAAGCAUGAAAUUAUUGAAGAGAGUCAACUUGUACGUGUAUUGCCCAAAGAUGAGGAAACCAAAGCACCUCUAUCUGAACCACGAAAGUCUGCUUCAGUUGCAUGUGGGGCUACAGUAUUUGAAGUUAGCAUGAAGGUUCCUGCAUGGGCUUCACAGGUUUUGAGGCAGCUCGCACCUGAUGUCUCCUAUCACAGUUUAGUUGCACUGGGCAUUGCCAGCAUUCAGGGAUUACCUGUGGCAUCUUUUGAAAAAGAUGAUGCUGAGCGCCUUCUUUUCUUCAGUUCCAGUACGGGGAAAGAUGAUAGAUCAAACGGCUUGGUUCUCAGCAGCCUUCCUACUUGGUUGAGACCACCUCCUCCUAGUAGGAAGAGAUCUCAACCAUGCCAAGACACAAGACCGGGUUCUCUUGACGGCCAAGUGCUUCCAUGUUUAGCUGCUUCUAAAAUAGAUGAAGACAAUAAAGUGGCUGGAGCAAUGAAUGGGGUUAACACAGCUUUAAUUCCAACCAGGCAAAGAUUGAAAAUAGCUGCAAUGAGGCCCAUUCCUCAUGUUCGUCGUCCUAAAAUGACACCCUUUUCUGGAAUUUCUGAGGGAGAUGGACAUGAUGGUGGCCAAGUGAAGGUUCAUAUGCCUCCUCCUCCACCCACAAAGCUCAGUAUUGUGGGAUUAACUCCUACAACACAACGAAAAUCGUACUCAAGCUCUUCUCAGGCUAAGCAGAUUAUUUCCUUGAAUCCUUUGCCUUUAAAGAAACAUGGUUGCGGUAGAAGUCCAAUACAUUCUUGCUUAGAGGAGGAGUUUUUGAAGGAUGUAAUGCAGUUUCUAAUUCUCCGGGGACAUAAUCGGCUCAUUCCUCAAGGUGGACUCACUGAGUUUCCAGAUGCCAUUCUCAAUGGAAAGCGUCUUGACCUCUACAACUUGUAUAAAGAGGUGGUCACCAGAGGAGGCUUUCAUGUUGGCAAUGGCAUCAAUUGGAAAGGACAGAUCUUCUCAAAAAUGAGCAAUUACACGAUGACCAAUAGAAUGACUGGUGUUGGAAAUACACUUAAACGACACUACGAAACUUACCUUCUAGAAUACGAAUUGGCUCAUGAUGAUGUAGAUGGGGAGUGCUGCUUAUUGUGUCACAGUAGCGCAGCAGGGGAUUGGGUAAACUGUGGAAUAUGCGGCGAGUGGGCCCACUUUGGCUGUGACAGAAGGCAGGGUCUUGGUGCUUUUAAGGAUUAUGCAAAAACAGAUGGACUGGAGUACAUAUGUCCACAUUGCAGCAUCAGCAACUUCAAGAAGAAACCACAGAAAAUAGCAAAUGGAUUUUCGCAAGGCUCAACAGUAUCACGGCCACUGUAAUUCAAUUUUGCUCCUACAAAAUCAUAAUUAAUAUUACUUUCCUUUUGGCUCUCUGAUUUGGAGGUUGCUUCCCUCCUCAAUCCGGCGCGAGAAAUUGUUGAUUUGUACGGUUGAUUAGGUCUUAAAUCACGUCAAUGGAAAACUAGGAGACGAAUGAUGGGGGGAGGACAAAGUUAGAAAACAGCAAGUGUAGUAGAGCAUACUAGUUGGCGUAGGCAUUUUGUUGCGGGUGGGAAAUUUAUGUUCUCUUUCUAUCUCCUCUUACCCUAUGAUUUCAGUCUCUGUUUAUGUUUUCCCUUUGGGAGGGGGGGGGGGGGUGGUGGAGGUGGAGGUUGAUAGUUAAGAAAUCCCAUGAUUGAGAAGGGUCGAUGUAAUAUAAUGCCGCUAUCUUUGUGAACGUAUAUGACUUUAUGUAGCGUUUAAUGAAAGAUUAUGAAUAUACUGACCUAUCCACAC